ACACCUCAAAACUAUCUGCAAAAAUCUUUGAGUGUUGGCUGAACUGGUUGACUGUUUGCAGCAGCAUAUCACGAACUCUGUGUUCUCUUGUUGCCCUCUUGUCCACAACGUGAAUGUGCCUCGGGUCAUUUGUUCUCGUCUAUGUUAUGCCGCAUCUAUUUUUAAAGCUGUGAAACAACUGAGCCUUCCCAAAGAGUGAAGCUGCUUCGUACUGAGUCACCUCUCUCCAGUUCCAUUUCAAGACUUUUGGAAACGCUUGAACCUCUCAUGUCAUUUUCAUGUCAAGAUAUUUUCCUGAGCGUCACUGUCAGAAAAUAGUAAUGUCAGCUCACAGCAGUGAAUCAGAGGGCAGCAGCAGCUGUGAUGGUGCAGGCGAACAAUAUCUGCCAUGUUGUGCCUCUGGACUUGUCUCAGCUAAAUUAACUGUCGUGGUUGGAGACACUCACUUCUCUGAGGAGAAGAUGUUACUUGUUCAGAGCUGUGACUAUUUCCAAGCUCUGUAUCGCUCUGGGAUGAAGGAGUGUUGGCAGGAAGAAAUCCACCUCAAGUCCCUGCGUGCUCGAGGUUUCCUUAUCGCCUUGGCGGUUCUACGAGGUGAGAUGCCCGUCCUGGAUGGCGACGACAUUGUUGAGGCAAUCGAAUGUGCCGCUUUCUUGCAGGUGGCGGCGCUCACUAAGCAUCUCAUCAACAUCAUUGACUCUGACAACUGUUUGCUGAUGUAUCACACCGCUUCAACCUUCGGCCUCAUGGACCUUUACCACGCUGCUGCGCUGUUUAUCCGAAACAUGUAUGCCGACCUGGAGGGAGAGGUCAGGAAAACCUUACCAUCAGAGCUGAUCUCCUACGUGGAGUCUUUAACCCCGAGUGUUUUCGUGGCCGUGGGGGCCCAUGUGACCUGCGGUGUGGAUGAAACUCUACACACUGCCUCCAGGACGGUCUGCUAUCUGGAUGAAACUGGCAAUAAUUGGAAAGUAUUAACAGAUCUUCCGCUACAGGCCAGCACAUCUAUGGCUGGAGUGACUGUUUUAGAUAACAAACUCUACAUAGUUGGAGGAGUUCAUGGACUUCAAAAACAGGUUGUGGACUCUUGUUUCUGCUACAGCGUUGAAAACAACAGCUGGAGCAGGAUCUCCAGUCCCGCACAGCUGCGGUACAACCUCAGCCUUGUGGGCGUAGACGGCCGUCUUUACGCCAUUGGAGGAGAAUAUGAGCGAACAGUGAUGUCAUCUGUGGAAACAUACGACGUAACUUCCGGAAUGUGGCAGUUUGCCGCUCACUUACCUCGACCAACAGCAGGAGCAGCGUGCACCAAAACCAUGAGCCGGAUAUUUGUGUGCUUAUGGAGGCCAAUGGAAACCUCAGAGAUCUACGAGUAUGUUCCAAGGAAAGACGAAUGGCAGCUCGUUAGCACGCUGAUCAGGCACCAGAGCUACGGCCACUGCAUGGUUGGCCACAGGGACAGCCUGUACGUCAUAAGAAAUGGGCCUUCGGACGACUUCCUAAGAUGCCUGAUGGACUGCUAUAAUCUCAGCUCAGGCCAGUGGUCGUCUCUGCCUGGACACUUCACCAACAGCAAAGGUUCUCUGUUCACUGCGGUGGUGAGAAGCGACUCUGUGUUCACGCUCAACAGGAGCAUGACUCUGGAGUACGCCAUCGAUGGUAAAACCUGGAAGCCCCGCCGGCAGAUGAAGGGUUUCCCCAGAAGUGGAUCUGUGUGGACGUUUCUGCUCCAGCUGCCUGACACUCUCAUGCUGCAGUAAUUGCUUCAUUUGCUUUGGGAUUUAUUGAAUUGUCAACAUCUUUUUACACUCAGACAUGUAUUUUCUACAGACCUGUGCUUCAAUAAAUUUAAAGGAUGA